UGCCAACCAUCCAUCUUUGGCCCCUCGAUAUCCCUCCACCGCUUGAACGAGAUAUAUUUGUUGAGAUCCUUCUCUUGCCCCUCGAUAUUCCUCUACUGGUUAAAAAGGAUUAUCUUCUGAUGUUUAUCUCCUGCCUCUCGGGAAAAGAUCACAUUUGACACGCACACGAGUUUUCAGCAAUCGACGGACGACCAAGAUGAGCCAUCACUUGUCAAACCCGGAAGUAAAGCCACCGACCAAAGUUGACAGCGGUCUUAUUGACCACGAGCCAUGGAAUGGCUUUAUCGAAGAGGGAAUCACGGUGAAGGAGAUCGAAGGCUACAUCCACGAGUUUGAUCCCCCGAGCAUCAACCCACCUUAUGAGUUGCACGAAGAUGGAUUACAGACAUGCGUACCGGAAAAGCAGAAAAAUAUCUUCGAUGAUCCAUGUUACCUAUCCUUUGGCGACAAGGGGACCACUGCCACCAUGACGUGUUGGGGCCAGCAUGUGCAGAUAAGUCGGUACCUUGGCUACGGACGAUCGGGCAUUGUUUGUAUGGAUCAUAAAGAAACUGAGGAACCAUAUUUGAAAUCCUCCCGGAGACUAUCGCUGCUUGGGUUGAUUAAAUACGGAGCAGGCUUUGGUUGCGAUAUAGUCCUGCCUGGUACGGGCCCGUACUCGCAUAGUGUCUCCUGGAUCCGCAACAGGUGGCCCCGGGUAUUAUUCCGUGAAAAAGAAAGUUGGGAGAUUGUCCAGCGAUCUUUCAUAAGAAACGGAGUCGUUAUUCAGGAAAUCCUUCUCCAUAAUCAAAGCGCGCAGGAAUUGGAAGCCAAACUUACGGUCGAUUUUGAUAUCCUCACCCGUCAGUUGGAAUUUCAGGACAGUUCCAACAAGUUCAACGAGGACAUCAUAGAGGUUGAGAGGAAGAUCGAGGGUGAUAAGAAUGAAAAGGGUAAGUCGGGAGUCGAUGCAGACUACACACACGGCGCUGGGCCUGCUGGGUAUGGAUUUGUCCAAAUACACUGGACCCCAUCGGGAAAAAAGCAGAGGGAUUGUGGAGCACAACCAGACGCAGUUGCUUCAGUUUGGGGUUUCUUUAUCAAUGGAAAGGCAAAGAAGAUGGAGGUCUUUGAACGUGAAAACCCCUUCAAGGUCAAUCCUGGACAGACCUUUCAAUUUAUCACUGGCUAUAAACUAGUGCUCUUGUCUACCAAGAGCCCAAGUUGGAAGCUUUUGACAAUCUCCGCAGCAGAUGUCGACAUAGAGGACUUCUUGCACGAUUCAGCGCCUAAAGAAAAGAAAGCUAGCAAAAUCGAUCCGGAUUCAUCGGAAUGCAAAUUCUCUAUGUCUCGAAUCAUUGAGCACAUCCUAGGCGUGUGUGCAAUACCCAAAACCCCGGAUUACGUGUGGGAGAAAGGCUUGUCAGUCAAAUCAGAAAGUCAAUCAAAUAGAGGAAAGGAUGAUAAGCAGGAGAUGGAACCAAUUGCAUUAACACAGGGCGAAAUGGCAUUCCACAGAGUCUCCACCAGGGAAAGCUUCUUUGCCUUUAAACUUCUACUAGAAGCUGCAAAACAUUUGCCAGACUCAGAUCCUUUGAGAGGCCGAAUUAUGGCAGUAUGCAAGGGGCAUUUGAAAUGGGUUUUCGAAGUUGCAGAUCGCGAAGGCACCAAAUUUCACAGAGAUUACUGGGCCAAUGGGAAGCCUAUACCUAAUGUCCGACCUUCGGGAAACGAGGUUGCCAACACCCCAUUACAGCUCCUCAAGGCAUAUGGAUAUUACAUUGUUUUCUCAUCAGUGGAAGAGCGUGCAACCAUCACAAAGUACCUCGAGAGCUUUUCAGCCAUGGAUUGGGUCAGAGCCCUCCACAAACAAAAUGAGCGCAAAGCUUACGCAUGGUGCCAUGUGCGACGAGACGUCAAUUAUUUCCGGUUAGAUGACCACAUUUUGAUCGUCAAUGCUUUGGAAGCUAUCAGUCAAAUGAUGGAUUGGGAUACUGCCACGGUAUCAAGGAGGAAUCAGCGGCAGGGGAGCGACAACCAAGAACCCAAAGACUACGACAGCCUCAGGCAGAUGUAUGACCCGAAACGAGUGAGCCGCGAAGUAAUCAAGCGUUUCACGAUGACUUCGGAUUCGAAGCAGCGUAUAAUGGCCGUAACCAGGUCGCCUCGCGAAAAUCGAUUGCAGUUUCACUCGAAGGAUACCAUUCUUUUCUACAACCUGGUGAAGCGUGUGCUUUCGCUUGACAUUCCAGCUUGGAAAGCCACCGUGGAAGAGCAAAAAGGAAACAUUUCCAACAAAUUUAUCGACUCUGACAACCCUCUGUAUCACGGACUGUGCAUGCUUAUGGGAAAGGAGGGGGUAACAGAUGAAGGGAAAAGUUUCCGACGAGCAAUACAAAACCUGGCUAGAAGGGAUAGUUGGGUGAAUUACGACGGCAUCUGUUUUGAUAUAUCCUUUGAAGUACCCUUCCUGCUCCACAGUCACGAGGUGCAAUCCUCGACCGAGACCAAUGAUUUUCCCGAUGAAAAAGUUUUAUCUAUCGAUAUCCAUGAUCCUCCCGAUAGAAAAUUCAUAUCUAAUGACCAUAUUGACGAAAAGAGCGUUGUCGACGUCAGGGAAGAAUGGCUCUAUGACCGCCCAGCGUUUUUCGAUUGGCCACCUGAUGAAAAUACCCUAAAAGACGAGUGGUUGCUGCUAAAGGUGAAUCCAGAUUUCUUUUGGGAUCUGAAAUUAUUGGCGCCAGAUCAAAGUGGGCAGGAUGUUGAUGAGGUCAAAAGAAAGAAAACUGGUGAAUUCAUCAAUAGAGCCAUUGCAGAUUGGCAGGCCAAAGCCGAAGAAGAAGAAAAAGAUCAAUAUCAGCCAUCGUCACUAGAGAAGAAUGAAUCUGCGUCGUUUUUGUUUCUUGAUGUACCAAAGAAGAAAGCCUCCGGGAGGGAGUCGGCGGAUAACAAACGCCAUGAAGUUCGUGGAACAUUUAGAAGUGAAGACGCAUGGGACCAACUCAUUAAAAAGCGGAAUGAGGACGAGGCAAAAAAGCGCCUCCUGUGGUUUGCGCGCGCCCCAAGUGAUCAUAGCAUCAUGUGCUAUCUACCCUCGCCUGAAGCAGAGCAGAUUGCUAUCUCGUUAUUUUUCGACCGCCAUACAAAAUACCUGAACUAUUUUGAAGACAAGACAAACCGAGUGAUGAACACAUGGGAGACCGAAUUUCAUUGCAACUUUCUUCAACUUUGCGAAUACGAUAGCCGAACCGAUUUACAGGCUUCAUGUCCGAUGCUGACGCACUUGGAAACCGAUUUACAGCUUACCGAUAAAAAGGUCCUUGUUCGGGCCUCUGCGAGCUUUAGGAUUGUUGGAGAUUUCUUUGAUAAAUUUUGGACUUCACUAAUUGUCGAAAAUUUUCCAGUAACACAACCCGAGCAUCUAGUGUACUUCCUUAGGAAUAGCAGGUUGCUAGAACAAGUAUUGGGCAAUCCAGCGCCAAGGUUAUGGCAGCAGAGAAAGGUGCUGGAGCCGAUGUUGCUGUUUCGAAUCUUAAGUGAGAUCAAUCGAAGCAUUGAGAAGAUAUUGAACUCAAUUGAGGACUGUAUCAAGAAAGACAAAGACAAUGAUCCCGGUCAAGUGACUGAGAAAUACUUUGACUCUCACACAACAUGGGCUCGCUUGCAUGGGAUACUUGACAUUCUAAAAGUUGAUUUGGACAGUAUAAUGGCAAAUAUCAAAGACUGGAAUUCUCGAGAAAAAGAUCGAAGGGAUGAAAAGCCUCGAUGGACCAAUCAAGACGAAAGGAAGUACCGCCACGCCAUCACUACCAUCGAGCUUCUCAACCAAAAAGCUCUGCGAGGACUCCUCGGCCACAAAGCAAAAGUCGAAUCCCUCGAGAGGUCGUUGACUUUCCAUGAGAACAAUUCCAAAAAUAAAUAUGAUGCGAAAAUGAGCCUUCGCAGCUUUCGCCAGAACCAAAACAUCCAGUAUUUCACCUACUCCACUGUUUUUUUUCUGCCUCUGGGCUUCGCCACCAGUAUAUACAGCAUGUCUGCUUCUCCUCCCUCAGACGUCAUUUGGAAAAUGAUAGCUUGCGCCGUAAUCGCCUUCAUAGUUUUGGUGAUCGCCGUGCGUCUUUCGCCUUAUAUGUUUCAACCCGAAAGACCUCUUGGGGCCGAAAAUCAGGGAAAAGUUCAGCCGAGCCUCUCGUCUGUCUUCCCCUUCUUCUCGACACAGAUACCAGAAAACAAAUCUUUCGAGAAAAGACCGGAUGACAAUGAGGAAUCACAUGAUAAGCUCAAGCAGGAGUGCAGCAAGGGGGAGGAUAGAAAUGGUGGUGAAGAUUUGUCUCGACAUCAACGCUCAAGCGGUGUCAUGGGAGGCCUUUCUAUGCUCAGACGCAAAGCAAGUGAAGGGCCCCCUCACGAUCUUGAGAAAGCGGGUUCAGCAAGCACAAAAGAGGAACAACCAGAAACUCAAGCCCAUUAAUAUUGAAUUUCAGUGUUGAUGGUUUGACAACAAGAACAGGACCCUCCAGUUUCCUACUGAGACAGUGACAGAGCGGAUUCCUUCAGGUUAUCCCUGCCUUGCGAGUGAAGGCCCCUUUCUAGAUCGAGUAGAAUCUUGAUUUUGAAUUCAAAGACUUGAGGACAGUCAGUUCUUCAUGCAGUGAAUCAUUUGAACAUAAU